CUUACAGCAAAGGCAAAUAAAAGGAUGCCAUCAAAACGUUAAGUAACCCAUUGAAGUCCGUGUUGUGCAUCAACUGGCCCUUGAGUGACUCAGAAAGGGAGAGGGAGAGAACGAGAGAGAGAGAGAAGUUGCUGAUGUAAAAAAAAAAAAAAAAGAAAAAAGAAAAAAAGCAGCAGGAGUAAGGAUAUAAAACCUUGAGACAAGAGGAUGCUCCUCUCUCAAACCCGCUGCCAUCUCAGUGGUGGAAAUGUUGGAGUUGGGGAGGGUCGACUUUGAGGUGACAUUGACGCUAUGUAGAUGAGAGUGAGGAUCCUGCGCUCCAUGUUACGUCCCUGCUCGACUCAACUCAGACGGCGGCAGCUCCUUUCCCCGUCUUCUCUCCCCUCCUCUCUUUCAGCACCACUCCUUCCAGGACAGCACCUCGCUCUCGAAGACGCAUUCGUCCGCCAUCCUCCACCUUCAGGAUCGUAUACGUGCUCGCUGUCGACGGAUGCAAAGUUUUCGCUCUGGUUUUAUUCGAAAAGUGCGAGGAAGUAACUUUUUCUAAAAAAAAAAAAAAAAGAAAAGAAAAAAAAAGAAAAGAAAGGAAAAAAAGAAUUGGGAUUUUCCCAUCGGGGAAUUAACGGAUUUUAAUUGGCCGCUGGAUCUCUGCUGAGCUGCAGCCUGCUUCUGCUCUCGAUCACUCUCAUUACCCCAGUUAUUCGUCUCUACUCGGCUGUUGUCUGGGAGCUGGGUGCACAGGACGGAGAAGCUGUCGUCUGCCUGGACCGGUGCUGAAACCCCCUCGUCUCCACUGGUCAGGACUAUCCGACACGCGCAGUGACCAUGGCCACGAACGGGACCAAAGCCUCGGACGGACACGUCUUAACUGAGACGGUGAACGACGCGCCCACCACCACGCCAAACGACAAACCCAAAACCUUGGUGGUGAAAGUGCAGAAGACGAAAAAUGAGCUACCCGAGAGAGAAACAUGGGGUGGCAAAUUUGACUUUCUUCUCUCUUGUGUCGGAUACGCAAUUGGACUGGGAAACGUCUGGAGAUUUCCUUAUUUAUGUGGAAAAAACGGAGGAGGGGCCUUCUUGAUUCCCUACUUUUUGACCCUCAUAUUUGCGGGCAUGCCCCUGUUCUUUCUGGAGACGGCUCUUGGUCAGUACACGUCUAUUGGAGGGCUUGGAGUGUGGAAGCUGGCCCCCAUGUUCAAAGGUGUGGGUCUGGCUGCUGCUGUCCUGUCCUUCUGGCUAAAUAUCUAUUACAUUGUAAUCAUUUCCUGGGCUAUUUACUAUCUGUACAACUCCUUCACUAGUAACCUGCCAUGGCAGAGUUGUGGCAAUCCCUGGAACACAGACCGCUGCUACACCAACUACAGCAUCGCAGAUACCAGAAACCUCACCAGUGCCGUGGUGGAGUUCUGGGAACGCAACAUGCACCAGAUGACUGAUGGUCUGGAGAAGCCCGGGGAGAUCAGGGUCCCACUGGCUAUUACACUGGCCAUUGCAUGGGUGCUUGUCUAUUUCUGCAUCUGGAAGGGGGUCAGCUGGACUGGCAAAGUGGUGUACUUCUCAGCCACGUACCCUUACUUCAUGCUAUUCAUCCUGUUUUGCCGUGGUGUCUCUCUACCUGGUGCUUUUGAUGGAAUCCUCUUCUACAUCACACCAGACUUUGAAAAACUUAAGGAGUCUGAGGUAUGGCUGGAUGCUGCCACUCAGAUCUUCUUUUCCUAUGGGCUGGGAUUAGGCUCUCUGAUUGCUCUUGGCAGCUACAAUACCUUCAAUAACAACGUAUACAGAGAUUCUGUCAUUGUCUGCUGCAUCAACUCCUUCACCAGCAUGUUCGCUGGCUUUGUCAUCUUCUCCAUCGUCGGAUUCAUGGCCAAUGUAACAAAAAGGCCCAUCGCUGAUGUGGCAGCCUCAGGACCUGGUCUGGCAUUUUUGGCUUAUCCUGAGGCCGUCACCCAGCUGCCCAUCUCUCCUCUCUGGGCCAUACUCUUUUUCUCCAUGCUGCUGAUGCUGGGAAUCGACAGCCAGUUCUGCACUGUGGAAGGCUUCAUCACUGCUCUGGUUGAUGAAUUCCCUCAUCUCCUCCGAAAACGCAGAGAAAUCUUCAUUGCAGUUGUCUGCCUUGUUUCUUACAUCAUUGGACUGUCCAACAUCACACAGGGUGGACUGUACGUUUUCAAGCUAUUCGACUACUAUUCAGCUAGUGGAAUGUGCCUGCUCUUCCUGGUCUUCUUUGAGUGCAUCUCAAUUUCUUGGUUCUAUGGUGUGGACAAGUUCUAUGACAACAUUGAGGAGAUGAUUGGCCACAGGCCCUGUCUGUGGUGGAAGGCCUGCUGGGUUGUUUUCACUCCACUCAUUGUGGUCGGAGUCUUCUUGUUCAGUGCAGUGCAGAUGGUUCCCCUAACCAUGGGCGACUAUGUGUUCCCAGCCUGGGGCCAGGGGGUAGGCUGGUGCAUGGCCCUCUCCUCCAUGACCCUCAUCCCUGGCUACAUGGUCUACAUGUUCCUCACACUCAAAGGCACAUACAAAGAGCGUCUGCGGAUGAUGAUCAAGCCGUUGAAACUGGCGAAGGCUCAGGAAAAUGGCCCAGACCAGCAGACAGAAAACCAGAGUCAGAACCCUGCCAACGAGGAAGCCUACAUCUAGAAACUUCUGCCUGUCUCUUGUCUCAACGGCCAGACUGGCGAUCUCCACAGAAGAAACGUAAUCAAGGUUGGGAACGACCACCAGACUUCCAUGUCUGCUUUUAUUCACCUACCUCCUGGGGACACGUGAGACCAACCUGAUUACACAGUUAUUUUUAGGGGUUUUAUUUUUUGUUUGUUUAUUUGUAUAAUACAGAGUUAUAAAACUGAUGAGUAAAAACAAACUACCCAGCAAAAUUGUUGUGAUAUUAUGAAUUUCAUUAUGCAAAAAAGUUAGUCUUUUUAGAAAAGGAAAUGUGACUUAGGAAAUUACUGUAUAUUGAAUAUAUAAUUUAAAUUUGGAGGCCCGCGUUGAUUCAAUAGUAUUGUGCCACUUUGAAGAUAUUAACUAAUCUACUAAACUACAAUUACUGUACAAAGACAAAUAUGGGUUAAAUGCAUUUUGCUUGUACAUGAAAUAAAUACAUUAAAAUGAAUGCAGUGUUGUAGGUAAAACAAAAAAAAUGCUAUUUGAAAGUUUGUAAGUGAAAAUUGAGUAUUGACCAAUUUAAGGCAAAGACAAUAUGGGAAUGUGCAACAGGUAAGGCCAAAUCUGCUCAUAUGUGUAAAAUAUAAUUUAGCCAGACUAUCACUCCCUCGCAGGAUCCUGCAGUUUGCCUGAAAUGUUUACCACCCAUGUCUGGGACUACCUUUGAAAAGCACAAGCACAGUAAGGAAUUUUGAAGCGUCCAACUUCUUUUCGGCUCGAUUGAAAUUUGUGACAACAGCAAAAAUAACUUACAUGUGAUUCAUAGCAAGAGACUGUUAUAAUUGUUUCUUUGUUUUCUAAAGAACAAUAACUUUGUAUGUUGUCCGAAUCUUUUUUGUAGAGUCAUUUUUAGGUCGUUUUCUAUAUGUGAGAGUGAGAAGGACCAAAAUCAUACUCGAGUUUGAAAGAUCGGUGCACACAGUUGACUCACUGACUAUAUAGAUAAAAUCAAGCACCCCUCUUGCCUCCACAAAGAGCAACAGGGUAAAAAAAAGUAAAGACAGCAUCCGCCUACAAGCACAAUUUGAAUCUAUGUAGCCAGUACAGAAAUCCUACAUUUGCACUUUGUGUACUACAUUUCUUUGGAAAAUGUACAUUUAUUUUCACUCCUGCCAACAAGUUAAGUGGAAAGACAGAGUUGUGUCGCAAUAAGCCAAUGCCAAUUCUGAUCCAUAUUUCUAAACUGUGAGCCUGAAUAUGCUCCAGUGGCUGCUGCAUUGAAGACUGCAUGAUAGAUUUGGGAACCAUUUACUUGUAUAUCUAUUUAGUAACCCACUUCUCAGGAACAAAGGUGGACAUGACCAAAUUCUCUCAGAUACUACCAUUCUACACUGAAACAAUUAAUGCUGUAUUUAAAAAAGAAAAAAAAGAAAAAAGAAAUGCAACUAUUAUCAAAUUUCUGCCAAUUCCUCCCGUUACUCCAACAAACCUUGAGGAGCAACAAAACCGGAAAACAAGAGGCAGUAUUAAAAUAUAGAUAACUGAGCACACCCGGAAGCUGAUCCAAAAUGUCUCUUUUCUGUGUGCCAUUUCAGCAAGCAUCAUUUCUUUCAGUGUAAAUGAACUGUGAUGGCCUUCACUCAGUCAUUUUAGUAGAAGCCAUAAUGUGUUUCUAUCCUGUGGCGAGUGCAGAUAUUCAAUAUCAGUCUCGGAGAGAGAAACUUUGGCUCAGUCAGAGGUCAAAGCCGGCAAAAGCACUGUUAACACAGCAGGACAUAGCCAGAUUGCUGUAUAGGCCAACACCACUGAAACUACUCCUUACCAAGGGAUAAAGAAAAAACCUAUUAUUACAUAUCAAGUUUGCUCGGCAAUAUAAAAACAAACGUAUAGAAGCUGACUUAAUGACAGGCCACAGAUAUCACUGUAUUAUUAUGAAGGAGGAUCAAGAAAAUAUGCUUCUGUGGCAGCUACGUGCGACAGGAAUCAGGUUGAAUCAGUCCCGCUUAUUUUCUUUAAUUUAUGUUCUUUUUCUCUCAAAGAUAUGUGAAUUAAAAUGUGCAAUGACAAAGGGUUCCGUGAAUUUUGUAUAAAGUUACCAUACUGCAGUUUUCUCUCUUGAAUGAUGUUGUAAACUGGACUGUGUAAUACAUGUAUCUGUGAAUGUCCGUACAAACCUGAGUUUUUCUUUUCUUUUGUCUAAAUGUUGAACAAAAAAAAAAGUGAUAUUAUUUGCUGUUUUCUGCAAUAAUAUUAUCUCAGAAACUAAAGCACAUAUCUCUCUCAACUGUAAUAAUUAUAAUUACAAUAACAGAAUAGAGUAAUAAUAAAGAUGAUAACAACAAUAAUAAUAAUAAUGAUGAUAAUGUAAUAGAAAUGUCUAGUCAGAGAAUAUUGUUUUGUAUAUUUCUAGCUGUUUCAUGGGCCUAAUGUAAAAUAUUCUAUGUAAAAAAAUAUAAUAAAUGUCUUUAGAUGGUGUUAUAUGAAAAAGCAUGAUUGCAAUAUAUGUUAUCUGCAAAAAAUAAAUAAAGACCUAUAGAUUAUAA